GUAAGUGGUGAGAGUGGCGCAGCAAUCGUGUUUAUUCCUCGGGAGGUUUGAGUCGUGCGUGCUCCUGUUCGCACGCCUUCCCCCGGCCGCCGGGACUUGAGCGCUUCCUCUCUUUUCCCGCGCGGUCUGCACCUCUAGUCCUCUUAGGAGAAUGGCCACAGCUGAGGUACUGAACAUCGGGAGAAAGCUCUAUGAGGGUAAAACAAAAGAAGUGUAUGAGUUGUUAGAUAACCCAGGAAGAGUCCUCCUGCAGUCCAAGGACCAGAUUACAGCAGGAAAUGCAGCUAGAAAGAAUCACCUGGAAGGCAAAGCUGCAAUCUCGAAUAAGAUCACCAGCUGUAUUUUUCAGUUGUUACAGGAAGCCGGUAUCAAAACUGCUUUUACCAGGAAAUUUGGAGAGACUGCUUUCAUUGCACCCCAAUGUGAAAUGAUUCCAAUUGAAUGGGUAUGCCGAAGAAUAGCAACUGGAUCUUUUCUCAAAAGGAACCCUGGUGUACAGGAGGGGUAUAAGUUUAACCCACCAAAAGUGGAGAUGUUCUUCAAGGAUGAUGCCAAUAAUGAUCCUCAGUGGUCUGAGCAGCAACUCCUUGCUGCAAAAUUUUGUUUUGCUGGGCUUGUUAUAGGCCAGACUGAAGUUGACAUCAUGAGUCAUGCCACACAAGCUAUUUUUGAAAUCCUGGAGAAGUCCUGGCUGCCCCAGAACUGUACACUGGUGGAUAUGAAGAUUGAAUUUGGUGUUGAUGUAACCACCAAAGAGAUUGUUCUUGCUGAUGUUAUCGAUAAUGACUCCUGGAGACUGUGGCCAUCAGGAGAUCGAAGCCAGCAGAAAGAUAAACAGUCUUAUCGUGACCUCAAAGAAGUAACGCCAGAAGGACUCCAGAUGGUAAAAAAAAACUUUGAGUGGGUCGCAGACCGAGUGGAGCUGCUUCUGAAGUCAGACAGUCAGUGCAGAGUUGUAGUGUUGAUGGGUUCAACUUCUGACCUUGGUCACUGUGAGAAAAUUAAGAAGGCUUGUGGAAAUUUCGGGAUUCCAUGUGAACUGCGAGUAACAUCUGCCCAUAAAGGACCAGAUGAGACUUUGAGAAUUAAAGCAGAGUAUGAAGGGGAUGGCAUACCUACUGUAUUUGUCGCAGUGGCAGGCAGAAGCAAUGGUCUGGGCCCAGUGCUGUCUGGUAAUACUGCAUAUCCAGUUAUCAGCUGUCCCCCCAUAACACCAGAUUGGGGUGCUCAGGAUGUGUGGUCAUCUCUUCGACUGCCCAGUGGUCUCGGCUGUUCAACUAUACUUUCUCCAGAAGGAUCAGCCCAGUUUGCUGCUCAGAUAUUUGGGUUAAACAACCAUUUGGUAUGGGCCAAACUUCGAGCAAGCAUAUUGAACACUUGGAUAUCCUUAAAGCAAGCUGACAAGAAAAUCAGAGAAUGCAAUUUGUAAAAAAACAAAAACAAAAAAAGGCUAUUUAGAUUUUAAGAGAAAAGUUACAUAAUCUUAGUUCAGAUUUUAAAAAAAAUCAAGCAAAAUGAUUUUACAUUAGAAAAGAAUUUAAUUUGCUAGUAAACAAAUGGUUUAUGGGUUGACAAAUUAUCGGUGAAUCUUUUUUAUUAAUAUUUUCAGCUCUACAUAGUGAUGUGUCCCUGUAACCUCAGCACUCCAGAGGCUGAGGCAGCAGAAUCACUAAGUUGAACUAUGUAUUGAGACCCUGUGUUGAAAGACAAAAUGUAGUUAGUCAAAUUGGCAUGACACUGCUAAAUUACAUCUCCUGCUCUGUGUGGUCAGUGUUGGGUAUGUACAGAAUUAUGUGUCUGAAGCAGUGUCUGGUUUAAGAACCAGUAGGGCUCUCUUACAGAGGACCUGAGCUUGGUGCUUAGCAUCCAGUGGAGUGCCUCACAUAGUCACCUUAAACUAGCAAGUUCCAGGCCAUGUGCCUGUAUGGCUUCCUUAUGCAGCUGCUCUAAUACUAUUACCACCCCCUCCUAACAUGUGCACAAAUAAUUUAAAAUAAUAAACUUUUAAAAGAGUAUUUCUAAUUGUAAUAGUAGUUUUUUAUAAAUCAGUACUUACUGGUCUAUAGUUCAUGUGUUGAAAAUUAAAAUGCUUGUGUAUGGUAAUAAUGAUAUAUUCUCACUGAAUGGACUGCAUUCUGAGUCAUUAUCUAAGAAAGUGCUCUGCUACAUGAAUCUCCAGCUAAAGACUGUUUAUGCUUUGGCGGGGGGGGGGGGUGUUUUUACAAUGGUAAGGAAACCCUAGUGCUUUGUACAUGCUGGGCAAGUAACUACCUCUGAGUUACACCUUGAACUCUGGGUUUUUGUUUGUGUGUGUGUGUGUGUGUGUUUGGUUUUGUUUUUCUUGUUUUGUUUUUAAAGAAAUAGAGAUUAUGGGUAGAAGAAACACAUAAGAUGAAAGAGGAGAUGGAAAGACCUCUUUCCUGAGGUCAUCGUGUAUUGGGGCCAUUCUACAUGGAAAAAAAGCAGUCAACUUGCCAUUCCAGUAAAAGAUCCUAUAAAUACUGUUUGUUUAACUAGUA